AUGAUGCUUAACCCGGCCAAGUGUGUUUUUGUCAUGCCAGGAGGCAAAUUGCUAGGUUUUCUGGUCUUAGAGCGGGGCAUCGAGGCUAACCCUGAGAAGAUUGAGGCUAUUACCUCUCUUUCUCAGUUGGCAUGUAUCAACGAUGUUCAGUGCCUGGCGGGUCGUAUUGCAGCCCUGAGCCGGUUCAUAAGACGCCUUGGGGAGAAAGUGAUUCCCUUGUAUCACAUGAUGAAGAAGACUGAUCACUUCAUCUGGACCGAUGCAGCCAAUGAGGUGUUUGUGGCGCUCAAGAAGCAGUUGGCUGAGCCGCCCAUCUUGGCUGCUCCCAUAGACGAAGAUCCUUUGCUCGUGUACGUGGCGGCUAAUAAUGUCAGUGAAGUUCUCAUGGAGUCCAAGCAACGAUACCCACAUUGGAAGAAGCUGGUGUUCGUGUGUUCAUAA